AUGGAACAAAUUAAAAACGAUCAAAUUGUUACUGCGACUGAAGUUGAUUCUGGUUCAAGUUCUAUGUCAACGACCAUAAAUGAAAAAACAUUGACAAAAUUCGAAGGAAGUGAUGAUAUUAAUGAUCUCUCAAUUCAAUUAGAAAGAUCAGCAAAACGAACAGAAUUAAUACAGAGUACUGAAAAAGGAUCAACAUCCGCGAAGAAUCCUGCUUACGUAGAAUGGCAUGGAAUAAAUUAUUCUAUAUCUGAAGAAAAUAAUCAUGUACGAAAAAUAAUAGAAAAUAUUCAUGGUUGUGCUAAUCCAGGUGAGGUUCUCGCGAUCAUGGGACCUUCUGGUUGUGGUAAAACCACUUUGUUAAAUCUUCUUGGCAAUCGCGUUGGAAGUAAAGGAGUUCAAGGAACUAUAACUCUAAAUGGUCAUAAAAUAACAAAAAAUUCAAAGAGAUUUGUUGCUUAUUGUACUCAAGAUGAUAUCUUUUUCCCUCAUUUAACCGUAAAGGAAACUCUCAGUUACACUGCUCGAUUACGUCUUCCACGUGAAAUGUCACGACGUGAUAAAUUAAAACAAGUUGAAAAUACUAUGGCAUUAUUAAAUUUGACGAAAUGUGCCAAUACGAUAAUAGGAGACCAUAUGACUCGUGGUGUAUCGGGAGGAGAAAGAAAACGAGCCAAUAUUGCAUCUGAGCUGUUAACAGAUCCAAGUGUUAUUUUACUAGACGAACCAACAUCCGGUUUGGAUUCUUCAUUGGCUCUUGAGCUUACAAAAAUUCUUAAAGAAUUCGCUGUUAAGCAAAGGAAACCCAUUAUUAUGGUUAUCCAUCAACCUUCAUCUCAAGUAUUUGAAUCUUUCGAUAAAUUAAUGUUAAUGGCUGAUGGACAUAUGGUCUAUUUUGGUGAAAGAGCUGGUGUAGUGAAAUACCUUGCUGAUCAAGGAUAUAAAUGUCACCCUAAUUUUAAUCCCGCUGAUUAUAUAUUGGAACUUUUGAACGAUAAUACAAUCAAGCAGAAAUUAAUAAAUGCAUAUACACAUAAAACUCGGGAUGAUCCAACUGGAAAACAAAUAUUCGAAAAGUAUUCUCGUAGAACGCGUGCUGAUAAUCAAUUAAAUAAUACCAUAUUAAAUGCACCGGUUACAAGUGAACGUCGUUGGGAAGCUACAUUUUUGCAACAAUUCUCGAUUCUUACCGAAAGAACCUUUAAACAAAAUAUAAAAAUUAGCUUAUCAAAAGUUAAUAUAUCUCAAACCAUUGCUUUGACUAUAUUUUGUAUCUUAAUUUGGCUUCAAAUUCCUUUCUCUGAAACUAAUAUCAAUGAUCGUAUUGGAAGUAUUUUCUUCGGUAGUGUAGUUUGGUCAUUCUAUGUAUUGAGUGGAUCAGUAUCAUCUUUCCCGUUGGAUUUAGUCAUGUUAUCGAAAGAACGUCAAUCACGAUCUUAUCGUUUACUAUCAUAUUAUUUAUCCAAACAAAUCGCCGAAUUACCUUUAGUCUUAUUUAAUCCUGCAUUAUUUACUAUUCCAGUAUAUUGGGCAACAAAUUUAUUACCAGAUUUUGGUAGAUUUGUAGCUUAUUUAGUAGUAGUUUUACUUAGUGCAUUAACUUCCCAGAGUUUCGGUUAUUUAUUUGGUGCCACUAUAUUGAACGUACAAAAAAGUAUAACUGUUAGUUUGGUAUUUAUGCUUGCAACUAUGUUAUUAGGUGGAUUUUAUAUAAGACAUUUACCAACUGGCUUAACUUGGUUAAAUAUCUUAUGUGCUAGACCGGAAGAAUUACCUGCCGGCGAAUUAAGUAUGUGUGUAGGAGAUGAUGUUCCAAUGUCAAGUAUUCCCGGUAUUUCUAUAAUAGAGAAUCUAGGAUUAAAUGAUUUACCUUGGUAUGCUAACCUAAUGGUAUUAUUAGGUUUCUGUAUUGUAGUGCGUGUUCUUGCUUAUUAUUCAUUACGUAAAAACAGUUUCAGAUGGCUUGUUCUAAGUUUUUAUUUUAACGAAAUGUUAACUAAUAAUUAUGUAGACACUGGCUCUGAGAACCCUGAAGCCUGGAAUAGGGAAACAGCUUCUACAGGAAUCCCAAGUUUUGAAUUGAAUAUUUAUUGCAAAUCAAGACAAUUUUGA